GAAUUCGAUUCGUAGUUCGUUUGUCUUAAUGGAGUCAUAACAUAAUUUUAUUAGGACGCUUUUUCGAUUUUUCUAACGGUUAUUGGUUUUUUUGUAAAUAAUGUUAUUUAACUACAUAAAAACUUCAACAAUUCAUAUAUCUCUAUGAAGCUAUGUGGUCAAAUAUUGCAUUGAUGUGUUUGCUGUUGAACACGUAAAUUAUUCAAUACCAAUAUUUUUGCUUAAUAUUUUAAGUCAAAAAUGGAAGACGACAAUAUUUAUGACGAUCUUGACAACCAAGGGGAUCUUGGAGCAAUAAUAACUGACCUUCAGACAAAAAAUAAAGAGCUUCAAAGACAUGUAACUUCACUAGAAGGUGAUGUGAAAAAAUUAUGUGAUAGAAUCACUGAGAUGAAAACGGUACAAGACAAUCUAACAAGAAAUAUAUCUGCAUUAUUCAAUACAGCCAAAAGUGAGUUGGAUAGAAAAAACCGUCGAAUCAAUGAACUUCAAAGCCAACUUGAUGAUAUGAUUUUCAAGAGAAAUUCUAAACCCCAACCUGUGUUUAAACGAAAACAAGAGGAACCCAAUUUAGAUCACAAUACUAAGAGAGCUAGAUAUGAGACAAUAGAAAAAGAACCAUCUCAUAAUAUUAAUGAAAAUGUCGGCAAGUAUGAUAGAAAUAUUGGUCCAAAAGAAGAUAUUCAGAAGCCUGAAAUUUUAAAUCUUGAAUCUGAUUUGCAUAGUUCCCUAAGAGAAAAUACUGAUCCUACAAGGAAGGCAUACUCAAAAGAUAACAGUCAUUCGAGGGAUAGACGGGACAAUUACAGAGACAAUAAAGAAGGUUACAGAGACAAUAGAGAUGGUUACAGAGACAACAGAGAUGGUUACAGAGACAAUAGAGACAGCUUCAGAGACAAUAGAGAUAGCUCUAGAGGCAAUAGAGAUAACUUCAGAGAUAAUUAUAAUGAUAGAAGUACUUAUAGAGAUAGUAAAAUGGAACAAAGAGAAGUCUCCAAGGACCAUAAAAACACAUAUAGAGAAAAUCGAUACAGUAAUAAAGGCAACUGGAAUAGGAGUAGAGAUAAAAGAGGUAGAUCUUGGGAACACGGAGAAAAUAAUAGAGAGCAUAGGGAUUACAGAGAAAACAGAGAGAGGUCCAAUGAAUAUAGGAAUGAUAAGCCUGAAAUGAAACAUACUUCAAAACAAAAUGAUAAUUUCAAUUACACUGAAGAUAAUAAUAGACAAAUGGAUCGGCAUUCUGAAUCUAAACCAGUAUUUUCAAAGGCUGAAUGUACAUCUGGAACUUCCUUGGAUGUGGUUGAAGUUUUAGAUGAUUCUAAAGAAGAAGGUGAAAUUUCUGAUUGGGGAUCAGAAAAGGAACAAAGAACGGUUCACAAUAAAAAAAUAGAUUUUGGGAAUAAUCUACCAUUUAAUGAUAAAAAUAGUUUCAAUGUAUACAAAUAUAUUAACAAUCAGAAAGGAAUGUUGAAAAAAGAUGUAAAACACAGAAGAAAUGAUGUUAGUGAGGAACCUAAGAUAAAGGAAACUACUAUAAGACAAUCAAAUAAAAAAAAUGAUUAUCCUGUCGAAAAAAAUGAAUUUUCUGAAAAGAGAGUAAUUAAUGAUCAGGAUGAGGAUAUGGUUGACGAAAAAACCCAACUGAAUAAUGUUCCGAGUGAAAAAAUAUGCCAUGAAGAUAAUCCAAAAAAACAACAGGAUAUAGAAAAAAAUAAUUCUGUCAAUAUUAUCUCGCAAAUUAUUAUCAAAGAUGGAGAAAGGGAUACAAAAACGUCAGCGGGUACCUCAAAAUCGGAACCAGGAAAAAAAAGUGAAGGCCAAAUAAAACAUCCGGAAAUCAAAGACAAGCAAAAAGUGGAUACGAAAAAAAGAGAAUCUAGAGUUCCAAGAAAUCUCACAGAUGAAUUAAAUAUUGAUACAGAUAGAUCUAGAAAAAAACAGGAGUUGAUGACCCAGAUUUUUGGUUCUCCAGAUAAUAGUAUUCUUCAAAAAAAGUUAGAUCACUACAGUCCUACUCCUUCUAUAAUGCUGAGCCAUGAUGGGGACAUUCCUAAACUGAAAUUAUUUUCUAAUCCAACUGUAGACAGCUCUGACGAAUCAAAAUCUUUGAAUCCUGUUACUGAAUUUCAAAUAUUCAAAACCAAUCUUCCUAGUCUAGAAAAAUCAAAUUCUUUGUCCGGCAUUAAAGUACAGAUUCAAGCACCCAACAAAGAAGAUAAAGUGAUUCCACCACCGAGAGAUGAGAAAACAAAUCCACCAUAUUUACAAAAAACAGAGACAUUUUCAAACCACAAAGAAAUUGUAGAAUCAGUUAAUCAAGAAGAAACGUUUAGGCAAACUACCAGUGAUGUUUGUAACAUUAGUCUGGAUCUACUCAAUAUGGAUAUUGACCUUUGUAAAGCAGAGGACUUUCCAAACUUGAUGGCACAUUCAAAUUCAAAAGAUAUAUCUGAUUUGCUCCUAACACCGAAAGAAGAAAAAAAACCUAACCAUCCAGAAAUUGUAAGCAAGAGAAAAUCAAAUGAAACAACUUCUAAUCAAAGUAUUCCUCCAAAAUCAAGGAGAAAAAGUUCGAGUUCAUCAAGAAAGGUUCAAAAAACAACUACUGAAGAAAAAGACACACCAGUAUUGAAAGAUGGAGCACUGAAAUCUCCACAUAUGGGAAUAGAACAGGAAUCUUCAAAACUAAAAAAGAAAUCUGAAGAAAUAGUCAUCAAACAAUGUCAAGUUUCUAAUCAAGAAGUUGUUGAACAUGAAACUCUUUCUGAGAAUAAACAUUCUCCAACUAUCAAUUCCAAUUUACAAGAUGUGCCUUCAGCUUCAAAAGAAGAUACAAAGAGUGUACCAAAAAAAGCUUCAGCCCCUAUCAAAGAAAAGAGAACUGCAGGUAAGACAAAUUCAACAGGCAAUAAAAACACAAAUUCAACAGGCAAUAAAAACACAAAUUCAUCUUCAGAUACGAAUGAGAAGAUUAAAACAACACUUCAUGUAAAUACAAGUAAAGAUGAAAAAUUUAUUUCGCAAAAAGAAAUAUCAGAUGAAACGGUUUCGAAGACCCAACUGAUUUCUGCUCAAUCUGUUAAUGAAGACCAAAAUUCGAAACAAUCUUGUGAGAAUUCUGGUAGCACUAGCCUUAACCUUUCUGGUGAAAAUACAGAACCACCGAAAUUAGAAGAAAACCCAAAUUCAAUUGAAUGCGCCAAACAAAAGCCAAAAAAAACCCUUCCAAAGAAAUCGAAAGAUACUGUUAAGGCAAGAAGUAAUAAUGUAAGUAAGAAACCUAUCGAUAAAAUAGCUACUACAUGUGCAUCGAAAAAACCUUCAAACCCAAGCAAAGAAAGUUCAUCAUCUUCAAACAUCAAUGAUUCUUCAAAACGAUCAGAUACAAGUAAAAGUGAAGAAGAGGAAGAACCGCCUUCAAAACAAAAAAGAGCAAGAAGAAAGUCUGUGUGCCUAGUAAAAGUUGAUCAGCUUGUAAAACAAAAGAAGAUAUCAGAAGAACCAAACCCGACUUCAUGUCCUGCUGAUUUUAAAGCUGUUGUCGAGGAUGAAAAUUGCAAUUCUAAAGUUGAUUUAUCGAAUGAGUCUGAAAAAGUACAAACACUAGUUCAUCAUUCAAACUCGAAUGAGAGAUCUAAUACAACUUCAAAACAAGUUAUAGUCAAUUUGGAAAGAAUUGCGGUAGAACCCAGUAAUCCUGAUGAAAUCAACAAAACUAGAAAUACUAAAAAUGGAAAUACAGAAUCAGAGGAAAAAGGCAAGGAAAAUUCAAAUUUGAAGGAAAAACCAAUAACACAGGCAGUGUCAUCUGAGGGUGGUCCUAGGAGCUUAAUAGGAAGUAAAACUCCUUCAACUAUCCGAAAAAGGAGAGGUGUUGUCAAAUGGGUGCAGUAGAUUGAGAAGAAAUAUAUUUAUUUUAAUGAGCAAGGCAGUAUUUCCUUCUUAAUCUUGGGAGACUAAUAAAAAGACAAGUGAAAUUUUGAUAAUACAAAUUUGUUGUUUUGUUUGUAAGAUUGUUACAAUACAUGUUUUCGAUUUAAAUAACGGAUUAGUGCUUAAGAAUAUAUUUUUGAAAUUUCUCUUGUAUAUCAUUCAAUAAAAAAAUUUGAGGAAAUAUUGCUACACCCUGUACAUAAAUGUUAUUCACUUUAUCUAUGUAUCUAAUUAUUAUUGUAUAUAAUAGGUAUAAAUUUCUGCAGAAUAUUUUGAUUUAUUGGGAUAAGCAAAAUAUAAUAAUAAUAAGUUUGAUUUAGUAUUUAGGGAUAAUGAAAUAUAUUUUUGUUAUUAUUUAUUCAAUAUCAAUGAAUAUGAAUAA